AUGGUAUCCUCUCUAAAACCCGCUGAACUUUUGUGAGUUUCCACUUUUGACACCGAGACCACCCACCUUCAACUAUGGCACUUCAGGAAUCGUCUCAAAGAAGACGGCAUCAAUGUUGACAUUGGACAGUGAGCCAAUUUUUUUUAGAUCCGCGCUGAAAAUCUUAACUUACUUAUUUCAGGUUGGCUUUGUUUGCAGGAGAAUGCUUCAUCGAACUGCAAAAAGGGGUCUUCUGCGAGCAAGCCGUGUGGAACUUGGCGAGCCAGGUGUUCUCGGAUCAGCGUGAGUGAUGCAAACGACGCGAACCAAAAGAGAAUGUGCAUUAUUUCAGAGAACAAAUUGUACAUGGUCAAAUCGCUUAAGAACAUCAUCUGUGGAAUCGUCGGCAAUAGUAAGUUUCCCUAAUCACGGCGACGAAAAAGUGUAGAAAGGGGCGUGGCCAACUCUGAGACGCGGCGUUUUCUGAAAAUUGUCGCAAUUCCAGCACUUUUCCGACAUUUUUGUGUUUGAUAUCGACAGAAGAAGACAUUAAAGAGAGAAAAAAUUGCACUUUUCGUGAAAACGCCGCGUUUGAGACGUUUUUGGCAUAUUUCGCAAUACGCUCUCCGCCGCAAUUUCCGAAUUUUCAUAGCGGGCGAUCUGGAUAAUUUUGAGACGAAGUGAGUGUCGGAAGUGAUUAAGCACACGUUAAUACAAGUAUUUUAAGCUUUCAAACGGCAAAAAGUAUCGGCGAAUGACUGAAAUUCGCGCAUUUUCAGCACAAAACUUGAAAAUCGAUUCAAUUGAUUCAUUUCUGAAUGAAACUUGCUCGUUUUAAGCUCAAAAAGUGCGCGAUGAUUAGUUUAACAAAGUUAUGCAAUCGCAUCGUCGAAAUCGUACAAAAUUUGGGUAAUUUUUGACGAAAAAUAUGAAAAAUGGGGUUAAAUUUCGAAUUUUGCGCCAAAAUGGUGUGAUAAACCGUGCACGCGCUCGGCCCCACGCCCCUUUCUACGUUUUUCGGCGCCGUGCUGACAUCUAUUCAGAUAUCGCGUGUCAGAGCAAUGCGCCGAACAAACCCGUACCUUCCCAAAAUCCGUCGGAGCAGAAACCACAACAGCCGUCGGAGCAGAAACCACAAGCACCCCAGGAACAGGGUCCAAGCACCCCGAACCAGCCACAGAUUCCUCCUCAGCAACCGAUCCAGCAGGUGCAGCAGCAAGUCCCUGAGACGACGACUUCUGGCGGAUUCGUGGCCGAGCACAUGGGACUGAUCAUCGGAGGAAUCGUUCUGGCGGCAGUCGGGUGUCUCGUCGCCUGCUCGAUCAUCUUGUUCUUCAUGUCGCAAUCGAAUAAGAAGCCUCCACCACCACCGCCCCCGCCACGAAGAUCUGGACGGUCCCGAAUGGCUUCCGUUCCGAAAAGUCGGUCCAGGAGCACUAUGAGCAAGGUGGACAGGAAGAAAAAGAUGAAGAAGAAGAAGAAGAAGGCGAAGGCAUCGGAGAGCUCGGAGAAGAAAUCGGUGCAGAAAGAGCCGAAGAAGGAGGAGGAGGAAGAGUCGGAGAAGGAGGAGAACUCGCCGCAUUUGAUACCCUAA